UUGGAAGCUCCAGCCGACUUCAUUUGUUUCAUGAACUCGUCUCAAGCUCCACAGAUCAACUGCACCUGGUCCCCCCCUGAAGUGCUAACUGGCCGGAUCGCCGGCUAUAACCUUGUCUACACAGCUUUGGAUCCCAACCAAAAAAGUAACUCAUGGUAUCAGAAGUUUCUAGAUGGUUCGAUCCAUGUAGACGAAAAAACGCUUUCAGCCCUUCUUACCAGGGGCCUGCGCUUCGGACCGACCUACGCGAUCACGAUCACCGCUACAACGUUAUUAGAUAUCUCAGGGAAAGCCAGUUACACAGAAGUCAACAUGACGUCGGAAGGUCAGUCAUUCAAGAAGUUUAAGUUAAGUACUUAA